CUUUUCAGAACCAAUCGUAAGGCAGGAUCUGUCCAGCUCCACCGUUAACACACAAAGGUAUUGUCUCCUUCACCUCUUCUUUAUUGAGCAUCCAUUGUCGCUGUCUUAUUGUCCAAUUAUCUGCGGCCCAUGGACUUAUUGGAUAUAUUCUCAUGAGCUGUAUCCAAAAUCUGGCAUGCAAUGUCAACUUCUUCUUUCUAUCAUAUCAUUGCUGUUUGUUUCUGUUGACUGCUGGGCGGUCCUUACUGACAUUCUCUGAAGAUCCCUCUCUUUGCUGGUUCAAUCAAACCUUUUCAGUCAUUACGACCUAUCUGAUUCGUCCGGUACGCAUCAGAUUGAUUUGAAAGUUGAAAAAAGUCGAAACAAGACCAGUUCACGACACAAUGUUUUCCAAGGCGAUCUUUGCGGCUGCAGCCCUUUUCUCGGCCAUUGCGGAUGCUCAUAUUAUCAUGACCAGCCCCAUCCCAUAUGCCAACACCACUCUCAACAACUCUCCUCUCGAUGCAAGCGGCAGUGACUUUCCCUGCAAGAUUCGGUCUGACAUGUGGGCUAAUCAAGAGGCUCUCCUAAAACUCAACACAUUCGAGAUUGGACAAAAUCAUACUCUUGCAUUCGAGGGCAUUGCCACUCACGGUGGUGGAUCUUGUCAGAUUAGCUUGUCAACAGACCUGGAACCGACCAAGGACUCGAAAUGGAUGGUUAUCCAUUCGAUUGAGGGUGGAUGCCCUAUCAACACUGCCGGAAACCUUGAUGAUGGCGGCGCAACUACUCCUGUUCCCAACACUUUCCAGUUCAGUAUCCCAGACGGCAUUGCUGCAGGCAAGUAUGCCCUGGCAUGGACAUGGUUCAACAGAGUUGGCAACCGCGAGAUGUACAUGAACUGUGCUCCUAUCACUGUGACCGGAGGUAGCCAGAAGCGUGACGAGUCUAGCUCCAAAGCGCUCUCCAAACGUGACAGCUUCCCGCCUAUGUUCGUGGCCAAUAUCAAUGGCUGCACGACCCCAGAGAACGUCGACAUCCGCUUCCCUGACCCCGGCGAUUCUGUUGUUUAUGCUGGCGAGCCAAGUAACCUUCAAGCCGUGGGUCAGGCCGCCUGCACUGGUGGUCCCGGCCCUGGUCCAUCUGGCUCUUCGGGCUCUUCUCCCAGUACCGUCUCUCCUACCGCUUCUCCUGCAACCUCCUCUCUUGCUGCGUCUUCGGCUACCAGUGCUGCUUCCGAGUCGUCUGUUACCUCAGCUCCUGAAUCCACCCCGACUGGCGCUCCGGGAAUCUUCGCAUCUGGCGCCUCGCCCAUUGCGUCUCAGACCGCGACUGUGUCGGUUGUUGCCGCCAGUCCAUCCAGCAGCUCUAGCUCCAGCAGCGGCGCCUUGUCCGGAUCUUGCUCCCCUGAGGGAACCUGGAACUGCAUCAAUGGCAGCUCUUUCCAGCGCUGUGCUAGCGGCAACUGGUCCAGCCCCAUCGACAUGGCGUCCGGCACGACUUGCACCGCUGGCAAGUCCGAUUCCCUGAAGGUCGCCGCUGUCAAGAGGUCCCCAAGAGUCCCUGCUGGCCACCUGCACGCCAGGAGACAUAUCAACCGUGCGAGCCACAUUUAAAAGGUUUCGGUAUCUGCCGGUUCGGAUGCUAUGACCUUUUCUUUUCCCCAUUCCCAGCUGGGUCUUCUUCAUCCUGCGUCGUAAAAGACUGACGGGACCACUUUCUUUUUCUCUUCUCCUGUACAUUUGAGUAACCGUUUUCUUCUUUUUCUUGACAUUUCAGAAGUGUGAAAGCUUCUUGUUAGAUACUUGGCUCGAUGGUCAUCUGAAUAC